UUUCUCUCCUCUCCAACAGUGAUUCUCUUGCUCAAUCAAUCGGCCUCCUUAAUCGAUUCCCAGGAACUCAGCGACCAGCAUCUUCAUCGACUCCUAGAACUCAUUGAGUAGCGAGCAUCACCCUGACAUCAUCCUCAUCAGACCUCCUUCAUCGUCUCCACCGAAUCGAUCCUCAGACCCCUCCAAACUCAACGACUCAAGCCAAAAGGGAAGACAGAACGUAUAACCGUUUGAUUUGUAAUUAAUUGCAAAAAUACCCCGCUGUACGGUCGGCACCUUACAACCGGGUGUAUGAUAGUAGUAUAUACUAUAUACCAAGAAGUAUCCCAGGAUCAGGAUUGGGGUUCGGGAAGGUGAGGAUUAUAAAAGCCGUCAAAUUCAAAAUCACGGAACCACAAGAGCUCAAUCUCCACACUGAAUUUUAAUAAUCCAAAUCGCGGCAGCCAUGACUGAGUACUGGGUUAGUCAGGGCAACAAGUGGUGUGAUUUCUGCAAAAUCUUUCUCUCGAACAAUCCUUCAAGCAUCAGGAAUCAUGAGCUUGGUCAACGUCACAAAGACAAUGUUGCACAAAGGCUCAAUACGAUGAGAAAAGAGAAAACUGCAAAAGAGAAAGAACAGAAGGAAGCAACUCGUGCUCUUAAACAAAUUGAAGCAAAAGCCCAACGCAGCUAUCAAAAGGAUGUAGCUCAAGCCCGAGCAGGUGCUAAAGAUCCUAUUGUUUCUGAAGAUUGGGGGGAGUAUGACAGCUCAACAGGCUACUAUUACAACAAGACCAGUGGUUGUUACUAUGACCCAAAAUCUGGCUUCUACUACACAGAUGCUUUAGGCCGGUGGGCCACACAGGAAGAGGCAUUAGCAGCAACCCAAGCUGUUACUACAUCAGAGUCUGCUCCAAGGAAACCUGUUUUAAAACAGAACCAUGCUGUCUCAGAAACACUUCAAAGUGGUCCCCCUCCGGGGCGUGUUGUUUCGACUCCGCUUAAUCCAACCAGAUCCGUGAAAGGUGCUGCUCCCUCUUCAAUAUCGGUUGACAACAAAAGGAAAAGGGAAACAACUCAGAAGAAGCCAACAAAAGCUAUGUCGGAAGCGGAAUCAGCUGCACUCAAAGCAAGGGAAGCUGCUAGGAAGAGAGUUGAGGACAGGGAGAAAUCUUUGCUUGGCCUUUAUAAGCAUUAGCCCCUACUUGUUAAAACACUUAAAGGGGGGAUGAUCUCUUGUUUUAUGUAUUGAGCUUUGUACCAUAAGAUGUUGCUUAGCAAUAUCUCCAUAUCGAUUUGUAACUUGCCAAGAAUUUAUAGAGAUUUCUGUUUCUCAUUUUCUUCAGAAUAGAUUUCAUUCAAUAUAACUCAAAAUAUUGAGUUCUUUUCACCUCUUUCGUUACAACUAUAUGAUUACAAAUUUCC